CCCGUCCCCGUCGCCCCCGUCGCUUCACCGGCCCAAAACCCCAAUUCCCCUCUCCACAGACCAGCAAACCCCCAAUUCACGGCGACGCGCCGCCGCACCACGAGAGCUCGGCGCGGCCGCCCCGCCCCGCUGCAUCCAUGGCGGACGAAGGCGCCGCCCCGUCCGAGCUCGCCCCUCCCCCUCCUCCAUCCCCGCCGCCGCUCCCGUCCUACCCCGAGCCCAAGGACGCCGCCGCAGAGGACUCCGGUGCUGCGCCCGCUGAAACUUCCCUCGUUGCCGCUGAUGCCGUUGCCGAGCCUCCCAAGCGGGGACGCGGACGCCCCCCCAAGCCCAAGGACCCCGUCGCUGAGCCUUCCGCCGUUGCCACUGAUGCCACAGCCGUGCCUGCCAAGCGAGGGCGGGGACGGCCACCGAAGCCCAAAGACCCCGCUGCCACGGGAACGAGUGGUGAGCAGACUGCUGCUAACGCGCGCGCGCCUGUCAAACGGGGGCGCGGACGGCCUCCCAAGCCCAAGGACGACCCUGCUGCUGAGGCCACCAGUGGCAUGCUCAGCCCGCGUCCGCGUGGGCGGCCGCCUAAGAAGGCUAAGGUUGAGGAAGCUUCCAUCAGCGCACCUGCUGCUGCAGCUCCUGGCACUGCCGGGCCUGUCAAGCGUGGGCGCGGACGCCCCCCCAAGGUGAGGCAUUGAGGCUUGCAGCUGUUGGGGAGUCAUCCGAGUCUUAAACUCAAACCAUGGAAGUUGUUGAAUCCUGUGAUGACAAUGGUGGGGAGAUUAUGGUUUUGCCGUGCUCGUGAAAUGAAGUUCACUAGUAACUUUUGCAAUCAUUGCUCUAUCGUCAGUUACAGUAAGCUAAUACUAGUCUGGAACUCUGGAUGGAUUGUGUGUACGGCGUACGAUGGGAUGAUGGAGAUGUAGUAAGUUGACUACUGCUGAGGGUGAUUGAAUCAGUGCUAUUUUGCUCUCAUUUUGUUGCU